CAAGUCCUCAACUUCGAAACAGUACUAGUCUCUGAUCUCCUAGAUAGCUACUACCUGGAUAUGGCUCAAGGGGGUAAUAAGGGCAAGAAGUCAGUGUCAUUGCGAGAGAAGAAAGAUGCUGCAAAUGCAGCCCUAGCGGCCUUAAGGAAAGAAGCAGGGGAAUGCAACUCUAUGAUGAACAGGAUGGAAACAAUGGCUGGUCCAGAACUGAGGGAGUACGUGUCACAGAAUAAGCACACACUGUGCAGCAGGAUGAAAGCAACAAUUAAGAAGCUUCUACGGAAAGGUAAGCCCAAGAAGAAGAAGAGAACUAUGCUGCACCCGAUCGUAGGUGCAACACUCAAAUUUCAUAAAGAUGAUGACAUGCCUGCAGCUGCUGGAUCUACAGGAGAUGCAUAAGGAGAUGGAUAGACUGACCAUGAAUACAGAGGAUACCUAUGGCUAUCUUAGUACCUGUUGUCGUCUGAAGCUAUGUGUCUUUACUGUUUACCGUGUCUUCGUAUGGGAGCAUUAUGUUGUACUUCUUGGUGCAAAAUGAGUCAUAUAAUCUCCUAUCAAAAGUAGUGAUUGUUGUCCAUUGGUUAA